AUGACUGCGCCGAGUCCCCGAAAGCGCCUCUUCCUCUACCCGGAACCCGUCCGCGCCCCCGAUCUCCCUCCCAGCCCGCAGAGAAAGCCGAAUCCGAUCCUUUAUGGAUGGUUACUCUUGGCAGCAGCUUUUCUUAUCGAAAGGGUUGGCUUCAUCCGCAGAAAGGCGUGGGAAGAUGCCGGGUUCGGAUGUCUACGCGCAAUCUGGGACCACAUCGCCUUGACUGAACCGCGCUAUGAUCCGACGGUGUUUCCUUUCCAAGACGAUGACGAUGACGAUGCCGACGUCGCGUGCGGCCGUGUCGGCCAUGUGCAAACGACGAGCCCUGGGUCCCGGCAACAUCAUGAUGAACCGCCAGCCGCGCACCCAGUCCCGCAUGAAGGAAAGAACUCCGUCGCGCUCUAUCGAUCGUUGUAUCUCUCGGGCGAGCUGACACCGCUCGAUGUCGCUCAGACCAUACUGCCUCUCAUCCGGCGCGACAGCUCGCCGCCCGGCGAGCACUCGGUGGCGUGGUUCGAGGUCCACGUCGAGUCGGUGCUCGCAAUGGCCGCGGCCUCCACGCAGAGAUACAAGGAGAAGAGGUCCCUGGGCCCGCUGGACGGCAUCCCGACGGCGGUCAAGGACGAGUUCGACAUGGAAGGGUACAAGACGACCUUGGGUUCCCCAAACGACUACACGAGCCUCCACGUGCCCCAGCCCAAGGGCAACGACGGUGACAGCACCAAGACAUCGUGGUGCGUGAGCCGAGUAAUCGACUCGGGUGCCGUCGUUCUGGGCAAGCUUUCCAUGCACGAGUUUGGCAUGGAUACGGCCGGCUACAACAUCACAUACGGGACGCCGAGGAACCCGUACAACCCAUCGUACUACGUAGGCGGAAGCUCGUCCGGCUCCGCCUACGCCGUCGCCGCCGGGCUCCUACCUGUCACGCUGGGCAGUGACGGGGGCGGAAGUCUCCGGAUCCCGGCGGCCUUCACCUCCGUCUUCGGUCUCAAGCCGACGCAUGGCCGACUCUCCUUCUUCCCCGGACAGAACCACAGCAGCAGCGCCGCCGUCAACGGGCCCAUGGCCGGCGACAUGCGCUCCCUCAUUGCGCUGUACAACGCCAUCAGCAGGCCGCACCCUCGAUCGGCCUUUUCCUUCCCCCGCGUCGUCGCGAUGCCGUACCCGUACCGGUCCAGCCUCGAAGAAGCCGCCGACGACAACGAUGGUGCGACGCGCCCAAAGGUGCUCGGGAUCCCCGAAGCGUGGUUCGCGCGCGCCAGCCCCGCCGUCCAGACGCUCUGCAGGACCCUGGUCGACCGGCUGGCGCAGCGCAAGGGCUACCGCGUCGUGCCGGUCGAGAUGCCGUUCACGCAGGAGGGACAGGCGGCGCACGCCAUCACGCUGCUGACGGACGCGGCCACCCUCGUGCGCAACAACACGACGGGACUGUCCGCCGCGAACCGCAUCCUGGUGGCGCUCGGCCGCGCGACGCCGGCGUCCGACUACCAGCUCGCGCAGCGGCUGCGGCACGUGUUGAUGCGGCACCUCGCGUGGCUCUGGCAGCGGCACCCGGGCAUGGUGCUUGUGACGCCGGCGUCGGCGUGUGCGGGCUGGCCCAUCCGCAGCGAGCGCGAGCUCGCCUACGGCGUCAGCGACGGCGAUCAGACGAUGCGGUCGAUGGAGUACGUCUGGCUGGCCAACCUCUGCGGCGUGCCCAGCAUCAGCGUCCCCGCCGGCUUCGCGGCGCCCGGGGCGGCGGAGACUGAGGUCGCGGACCGGGACGCGCCGGCCAAGGUCCCCGUCGGUCUGAUGGGCACAGGGGAGUGGUGCGACGAGGAGGCCCUGUUGCGGUUCGGGCUGGACGCCGAGGAGGUGGGCGCAGACCUGCAGGUCCAGCCGCCCAGCUGGGUCGAUAUCGUGGCGCUCGCAAAGGCAAAGAAGCAGGAUGAAGCUGCCAAGGAUUGUUGA